GUGUCAUGGGGAACACGUGAAGAUCCGAGGCCGCAGGAGAAGAACGAUCUGGCCAAAACUCAGAAGGGACAUCAUCUAGAUCUGGUGAACAAUGGUGCCGGCAGCGAGGUUGACGGCGAUUGGUCGAUAGGCUGUGGAAGUGCCUGCCGCCUGUUGUGCUGCCUUAAGCCCGAUCAGCUGGAGUCGUCGCCUCAGUUCAUCGCCAUGUUAUGCCAUCGUUUUGGCACCUUGGCUCACAUUAUCGCCUCAACGGAGCUGUUUUGCUUCCGAAAAACUGUGGGAAAACUGAGUGAAGACGAACUGGUCGUGCAGAAUGCGGUCGAAAUCGCUAGAGAGCUACAGGCGAUUCGCGGAGUGGACGAGUCGAGAGAACAUGGCAGAUGGCCCAAAGAUAUAACUUAUUCUGCAGGGCGAGCAGAUUGGCCGUCGUCGAGUGGUGCAGAACCUGGAAUCGUCGCGGAUCUCUCUCAUGAAACGCAAGACAGAGACAUUGGAUGCGGCAUUCAAGAAAAG